AUGUGGCCGCCAACGCAAGAACUCAAGAUUCGUCACAAGCAACUCCAGAGAAACACCUCCACUGAAAGCGCAGUUCAGAAGACCAUGAACGCUGAGAUCGUGAAGGUCAAGAAACGGCUGCGAGAGGUUGAGCAGAAGAACUAUAUUGUCGGAAAACUAUCUCAGGGAUCUGAUCUCUUCUCUGGAGGGAAAAAGGUCAAAUGGAUGUUUUCAGCUGGAGGCUGA